ACUUUAUCUGCUUUUACCAAUUAGUCAAUACCAAUCUACGUGGAAGACAUCCGGAGGCGUCACACGGCGCGAGGGUUUGAAGGGUUUGUACUUUGCUCAUGUUCACAUUUCCUCUGCAACAAGACUUUCAAAAUUGCUCAGCUUCUAUAGUAUUUGCAGAGAAAUUGUUGGCUGGAUACUAUUUGAAGAUAACAUCUUGUACAAAACCCUGAAAUUCUUAUUUGCAGAGCAGUGCAUAGUGUGGAGGUGAUGGAAGUAACUCUGUUAGGGAGCCUUCCGGCCCCAAAAUCCUCUGGUGCGACGAAGUAUGACUUUUCAUCAGAUUCAUGGUUUAAAAGCCGGCUAGAAGAGCCUAAGCCCGCUGUAAACACCAAAACCAAACAAAUCCCUCCUUAUGGAAAAAGGUCUGGAUUUGUGCCUCGCAAAGCCGAGGAUUUUGGCGAUGGCGGCGCGUUUCCUGAAAUCCACGUCGCGCAGUACCCUCUCGACAUGGGACGGAAGGAGGAAAAGACGGACACCAAGAUUCUCCCGGUCUCAGUGGACGCGCAGGGAAACAUUGCCUUUGAUGCGAUAGUCAAACAGAACGAAAAUGCUUCCAAAAUCGUGUAUUCUCAGCACAGGGAUCUGGUGCCGAAGAUCGAGAGCGAAAAUGCGGAGGCAGAAAGCAAAGAUGAUGAAGAAAAGGAAAUAGAAGAAACAACCCUAAGAACGAAGGCGGCGCUUGAGAAAAUUGUGAACGUACGCCUCAGCGCGGCUCAGCCGAAGAAUGUUCAGCAACAGUCGUCUACUGCUACGCAUAUAAAAUACACUCCUUCGCAGCAGUCGGCUGCGUUUAAUUCUGGUGCAAAGGAAAGGGUAAUUAAAAUGGUGGAGAUGCCCAAGGAUCCAUUGGAGCCGCCGAAGUUUAAGCAUAAGAGGGUUCCCAAGGCAUCGGGGUCCCCUCCAGUGCCCGUUAUGCAUUCGCCACCCCGCCCAGUGACUGUCAAGGAUCAGCAAGACUGGAAAAUUCCACCUUGUAUUUCCAAUUGGAAGAACCCUAAGGGUUAUACUAUUCCGCUCGACAAGCGCCUUGCUGCCGAUGGCAGAGGCCUUCAGGAGGUUCAGAUCAAUGACAAUUUUGCCAAAUUGUGUGAGGCUCUGUAUGUGGCGGAGCAGAAGGCUAGAGAAGCGGUAGAGAUGAGGUCCAAGAUUCAAAGGGAGUUGAUGUUGAAGGAGAAGGAGAAGAAGGAGCAGGAACUGAGGGCCCUCGCGCAGAGGGCUAGGAUGGAGCGAAGCGGUGCUGGUACUGUUGCAACUGCUGGUGUUGUUGGUGACAAAGGUAUUGGUGUUGUUUCUGGUAAAGUCGGUGAAGGAGCACCAUUGAAGGAGGUAGUGGAGCCUGACCGGGAUAGGUCAAUUAAGGAAAGUAAAGAGGAGAGAGAAGAGCGGCUCAAGAGGGAGGCUCUGAGGGAAGAGAGGAGGAAGGAGAGGGAGAGGGAGAGAAGGCUGGAGGCUAAAGAUGGUCAUCUGUCGAAGAAAAGUAAGAUUACGAGGGACAGGGACCGAGAUGUCAGUGAGAAGAUUGCACUUGGAAUGGCCAACACAGGAGGAAAUGCUGCAAAUGGCGGUGAAGUUAUGUAUGAUCAAAGGCUCUUCAACCAGGAGAAGGGGAUGGAGUCUGGUUUUGCAACAGAUGAUCAAUACAAUGUAUAUGACAAGGGUCUUUUUACGGCUCAUAAUACUCUCUCGACUUUGUAUAGGCCGAAGAAGGAUGCGGAUUCUGAAACGUAUGGAGGGGCGGAUGAGCAGCUUGAUAAAGUGCUUAAGACUGAUCGGUUUAGGCCUGAUAAAGGAUUUGCUGGUGCCACUGAGAGAGGUGGGCCAAGGGACAGGCCUGUGGAGUUUGAGAAGGAUGCCGAGGAAGCAGAUCCAUUUGGUUUGGAUCAAUUCUUGACAGAGGUGAAGAAAGGGAAGAAAGCAAUGGACAAAAUUGGAGGUGGAGGAACCAUGAAGGCAAGUGCUGGAUCUGGAAUGAAGGAAAGCUAUGAAGGAGGGUCCAGCAGGACUCGGAUUGACUUUCAGAGGAGUCGUUGAGUUCAACUUUGAUAAGAAAUUGAAAUGAAGGAUUCUAAUUUUCAAAGAGGUCUGUUGUUUAAUUUGAUAAUUAUGUUGUACAUAAAAUCAAUUUUUGGUGGAUUCUUAAGCUGGAAAAUCACCAAAAAUAACUUCUCUACUUUUCUUUUGAUAAGGUUUGACAAGUAUUUGGAUCUUGUAUAUUUAUGAGAUUUGUUUUAUGAUCACUUUCUGCAUAAUAAUGACGGUGCAAAAAUCA